UAUAUGGUUUUAAAGGAAAAUGUAUUUCUUAAUUCAAAAAAAUUUUUCUCGAUGCUGCUUAUGUAAUUCUGAGGUAUUUUUUUUUAACUCCGCAAAGUGGAAGAGUGAGGAGGAUAGACUUACAAAAAUAAAUUGGUAUUAUACUGAGGCGUUAAAAUUAAGAAAGCUCUUAAUUAUUCACAAUUCACUCUUUCAUACUGAUCUAUUCGGUUGUGUCACAUCGAGAAGAGUGUGUAAAUAGGGCGUAUAAAUGUCAAAGAAAUGAUUGAGCAGGAUCGCAAUUUUUCAAACGAGGGCUAGGAACAAAUAAGUUAUUCUAUUAAUUUACUGCUAAUUUUUAUUGCGAUACGUUAAAUAAAUUCUUAUCUCAAAUUUUUUGUAAAUUUCCAAAAUAAGUGGUACAAGCAUAUAGUGAGAUAUAUAUAAAAAAUUGCCUUAUAAAAACAUCAUAACUUAUAAAUCAGAAUAAUCUCUUCGCUAAAAAGAAAAAAUAAAUAUUGAAUACUGAUCUUUUGGAUUUAAAAUUUUAAUAAUCACGUAUCACGUAAGAAUAAUUUGAUACCAAGUAAGUAAUCUAAAGUUGUAAUAAAUUUCUGCUCAGAAUGAUCUGAAUAGAAGCAUAAAAAUCCAAAUUAUUAUUAAACAGAUAGCAACUAUUACUGUCCAGGUGAAUAUCAGACAUACGAACAGACGAAACGCAGAAAUAGAAUUGAGUACCAGAAAGCAUUAAAAUAGUUGUGCAUAAAACUUGCAAUAAAGUGGCGGUUUAAAAUUUAAGCAAUUAAGAGAAUUGAUUUAAAUACUUAAAUAGACUUAAAAUAAUAAUAGAACGAGGAAAGCCUAAAGAAAUUCUUUAUGAAGAAGAGUAAAAAAGGCUAUGUUAUUCAUGGACAAGUGAAUUAUAUCUUUAGUAAAACUAAAAUGAACGUAAAGAAAAACGGAUUUAAAGUAUAAAGUAGAAAUGUUUUCGAAAUGUAAACUGCAAUUCAAACAAAAUAAUAAUCAGGGCGCAUUAAUUAAAACGUGACAUUAAAUUCAAAUUAGCAAUAAUAAUAGAAAAAAUAUAUAAUUUGCAUUAAAUAAAUGAAUAAUUAUAGGUAGACAUGACUAUGUUUACAACAAAGUUUGCUUUAUUCGGCCUGGUAUUAUCCUUGAUAAGAGCAUCAUUCGAAUGGCAACUGAUGAAAUGUUGCCCACCAGGAGAGAUGUUUGUAUUCAAUUCCACUAUAUGUAAAUUAAUGCCGACAUUCGCGAUAGAGGUUUAUUCUCACUAUUGGAACAUUACCAAUGAGUUCCCAGGAAUUCCUCAGUGCAACAAACCUGAGGAUCUUGUGACAACGCCACUUGACGAUCUCGAAUCUAACACUAUCUUAGAGGUGCCAGCUUGCUUUGAAUUAUUUUACACAGAAAAUGCAUACGAACCCAUAAUAAUAAUUCAUCACUGUCGAUCAAAUAAGGACCAACAAGUGAAAACAAUUAACGCAUCCUUUGAACAGUUCUUACACAUCAGAAGAUGCUGCUUUGGCGAUACAAUAUUCGACAGACGCAUAAAGACAUGUGUGACCCAGUUAAACGAAACACAGAGUCUUGGAGCAUUUUUGCUAAAUAGAUUGAGUGACGCAGAAAGUGCAGUGAUACUCACUCAUGGUCCACCUGAAUGCCAAGGGCCGAUCGUUAACUAUGAAAUUAACGAAAACGAAAUCUUUCUACGGAACAAUACAUAUUCGGUGAAGGUUCCAGAGCUCAACAAUGUUGUCAAAGAGGAACCUGUUAUUGGGGAUAACAUUUGUAUCGAGAUGAUGUCAGAAUUUGCAGUUAAACGAAGUUUGGCAGUCCGUAUCUGCAGAAAACCGGAAUUCUGCGACAAAAACGCUUGUAUCAGAAAGUGUUGUUCCGAAGAUGAACAUCUUCAUUUUUUAAAAUAUGAAAAUAUCACAUUAAUUGAUUGCAAUACGCUCUCUGGACCUAAUAAAUCCGAAAAAUUUUACAAUGCUCUUGCAAACGCCAUGAGUCAGACGAAGUCGUUCACUUUCAACACGACCAAAGUCCACGGGAUUUGGAGUAAUGUUAUAAACCCCUUUAUAUACACCCCGUGUAAAGAAAUACACCGUUUCUGGAACCCAGAUGAAUGGGAAGAACGUAUGUCAUCGAAAUCAAAUGGACAUACGAACGGCAGGCACUGCUUCGACGUCGUGGAAGACAAAGUCAACAACUUUUAUCGUUUUGAAUUGCUUUACUGUGACGAAUACACAGUAAAGCAAAACACUAGAACUUACGUUAUUCAAAGAUCUGCCUCGUAUUUCCCCCUAACAGUCAUCAAGGGUGUAUUUCUGCUGAUUACGUUGCUAGUGUACGCGUUCUUACCGAAUAUGCAUGGAAAUAUUCAUGGAAAAAUGGUCAUAUGUUACGUGAGCAAUGUCUUGUUGUCUACCAUCCUCACAUUCAUUUCCAUUUCGUUUAACGUAGUCUUACCUAAGCAACAAAGAAGAAUAGAGUGCAAAUUUUUAGCUUACAUCAGGUUUUUUUCUGGACAUGCGACAGUUUUCUGGCUUAACGUCAUUUGCUUCGACAUGUGGCGGACCAUCACAACUUUUAAGAAUAGGAAGAACUACAAUAAUAGGAAAAGAUUUCUGUUGUACUGUUUAUAUGGAUGGGGCAUCCCUUUACUGCUGUCAAUCCUCAUUAUCGUUGCUGAUAACACGAAUUUUCUGCCAAAAUAUCUGAUACCCAAUAUUGGCAAUGAUUCUUGUGGGAUGAAAUACGGCAUAACAUUAAAAAUAGAGGAGAAGGAGGUAUUAUGA